AUGCCCUCCUUUUUCUUUCACCUUACCUUCGACUUCACAAGUAAGCUAUCAUUGAACAAAUCCUCCAAAUGGCCUUCAGAGGAAAGCCGUAUUGCCGAUCCCAGAAGCUCGGUAGAUAGCAGCUUGACUAUAGAUGAAAUACCGGAACACUCUCAUACUGGUUUCUCGUCUAAGGAUUGGCGGUAUGAUCGCAUCCUACAACGAACAAUUAGUAUGACUUCAAACGUCAUCACAGAGGAACAAGGGAAGCAUUCGAAAGGUUUGACUGGCAAUCCUCGAAGCUCCGCCACAAAGGGACGAUAUGAGCCUAUAGAAUCUACAGAAGCGGAGCUUGGCUUAGGUGUCGUGCGGCUGUACAGAGAUGCAGAAGCAACGCCAGAUCUUUACGAUGAACCUGUGUCGUCUAAGCAAACCAAGACCCCAGAUGUAUCGUCAAAAACGGACGCAAAGACGACGUCGAGGUUCCAGGAUGAGGAUUGCACAACGCUUUGCAUUCUAGCAGUCCCGUCAUAUCUUACACCGUCAGACUUCCUUGGUUUCGUUGGUGAGAAGACAAGAGAAGAAGUCAGUCAUUUCAGGAUGGUCAGGACGGAGAGGAGCAAUAGAUAUAUGGUCCUGAUGAAGUUCAGAAGUGGGAGAAGGGCAAGAGAGUGGAGGAAAGAAUGGAAUGGAAAACAUUUCGAUGGGAUGGAGCCAGAGUAUUGUCAUGUCGUUUUCGUGAAGUCCAUCGAAUUCAAAACCUAUGAGCAGCCUGGGCAGGAGAACUCUUUUCCAGAUAUGAGGAAUGACCCAUUUACACCAUCUGUUGUCCAGUCUCCUACUGCAGCAAUAGCAGUACAAACGAAAGCCCCUCGGUCCACAAAGCCCAUGGCGCCCCCUACGCCCGCUCUUAUCGAGCUUCCUACAUGUCCUGUAUGUCUCGAACGCAUGGACGAGUCGACAGGUCUAUUCACCAUUCUCUGUCAGCAUGUCUUCCACUGCUCAUGUCUGCAGAAAUGGCAAGGGUCGGGAUGCCCCGUUUGUCGAUACACGCAAGACGACGUGAGCGCCAGUAAGUGUACGACACUGAGAGCGUAUGAUCAGCCUGUGUCGAACGAGUGCAGGGUCUGCCACGCUGAAGAAAACCUAUGGAUCUGUCUCAUAUGCGGGCAUGUUGGGUGUGGUCGAUACGACUUAGCCCAUGCCUUUACUCACUUCGAACAGACUGGCCAUUGCUUCGCCAUGGACAUGACAACCCAAAGAGUAUGGGAUUACGCAACAGAUGGCUACGUCCAUCGCAUCCUUCAAGAUAAGAGUGGCGGCAAGUUCGUCGAGUUAGAACCAUCCGCUCCGGCUGACGCAUCCUCAACUGCCUUCGAUCACGACUAUGACGGCCUUGUUCCUCGCGAGAAAAUCGACAACAUAACCCUUGAAUACACAUCCCUCCUGACCUCUCAACUCGAAUCUCAACGCACCUACUUUGAAGAAAUCCUCGCUCGAACAGCGGACAAAGCCUCCUCUGCCGCUGCGGCCGCCGACAGAGCCAAUGAGACCUGCGCAGCUCUCUCAGAACAACUCUCUACCCUUCAGGCCUCUCACGACACUCUCUUACAAAGUACACUCCCUUCCUUAGAGAAAGACCGCGAUCGUGAGAGAAGCCGGGCCGAAGCAUCUACCACCCUGGCGAGGAAGAUGGAGCGGGAAUGGCGUGAUGAGAAAGCCAUGAACGGGUCCUUACUCGAGCGGGUCAAGUUGUUGGGAACCGAGGUUGACGAACUGAAAGGAAAGAACACGGAGCUGAACGAUCAGAACCGAGAUCUUAUGAUGUUCGUUGAGGGAAGGGAAAAGCUAGCGCAGAUGGAGGGGGUAGAGCAGGCGGAGUUGCAAGGCGGAACGGUGGAGGUAGCGGAGAAGGAGGAGAAGGGUAAGAGGAAGAAGAGAGGAGUUAAGAAGUAG